AUGGAGGUUUCAAAGUUAAAGAAAAUGAUAGAUGAUUUGUGUCUCUGUGAAGAGGUUAACAUAGAAAAAACAGGUCUCAUCAUUGAUGGUGCAGCUCUGUACUACUCUUUGUAUUAUAACUCUGAUCCAAAGCUGGACCAGCGCUGUGGAGGAGAUUAUCCUGGAUUCAAAGAUGAGGUCUGUAACUUCUUUAAGACUCUGCAGGUCUGUGAAGUCACUCCGUAUGUCUUCCUGGAUGGAGGCUCAGAUCCUGACAAGCACAAAACACUUGUGUAUCGUCGAAAAGACACAGAGGAAAAAGCAAAGACAAUAGCGACAACAAAGCCUGAGGAUGCUGUACCAAAACGAUGUAACGUCUUACCACCUCUGGUCAAAGAUGUCUUCAUAGAAAUCUUGAAGGAGAAAGGCAUAGAGUUUAAACAGUGUUUAGGAGAGGCAGACCCUGUAAUUGUUUCUGCUGCAAAUCAGAAACAAUGUCCUGUGCUGUCCAUUGACAAGGAUUUUUACAUCUUUGAUGUGCACAAAGGUUUCCUUCAUCUUGACAAUUUUGAGUGGAAAAGCAAAAAGGAUGACAAAAUUCCUGCUAAGCUCUACACACGUUCAAAGUUUUAUCAGCAUUUCAAAUUAGACCCUGCUCUCAUGCCAGUCUUUGCUUCAAUAGCAGGAAAUGAUUAUUCAAGAUUACAAGAUAAAGAUUUGAGCAGUGAUGAACAGAAGAAGCUGCAACUACAGUGUCUGCAUAAGGCGCCUGAAGAUUUGCGUCGCAGGGUGUUUCAAGAAGCUCUGCAGGUUCAGACUUUAGACUUAGAAAACAUCCCCGACCAGCUGAAGCUGCCAGUCUGUGUGACUGUUUUCUGGUUUAACAACUUAAAGCUUGGCCAAAAAGCUGAAACUGUCCUCCACGCCCUCCUGCUGUGGUUUGUGUGUGACCCCAAUAGCCCAGAGGACGAGUUUGAGAGGAAGACGAAAACUUUAAAGGAUGAAGGUGUAAAUAACUGGCAGCCCCAGCCUCAUGUUGCUAAAGCUUUCAUCCAAUGGCAGUGCUGCAUGAGGCAGAGCCUCCACCUGAACCAGCUGCUGUGUUCCCCUCUACCAGAACCUCAGUGUGCCCGGUAA